AUGCACGACGACAUGAUGAAGAGCGUCAAGCCGGAGGUGGAGGCGCUGCUCCGGCGGCGGACGCGCGUGCUGCUGUACCAGGGCAUCCGCGACCCCUGGAUCGGCGUGGUGUCGCAGGAGGCGUGGAUGAAGGAGCUCAGGUGGGGCGGGCUGCGCGCGUUCCAGAAGGCCGAGCGCGUCGUCUGGCGGACCGGCGGCGGCGGCGAGGAGACGGAGCUCGCCGGGUACGUGCAGCGGUCGGGGGCGCUGACGCACGCCGUGGUGUACGGCGCUGGGCACAUGGUGCCGGCCGACAACGGGCGCGCGGCGCAGGAGAUGAUCGAGGGGUGGGUCACAGAGACAGGGGUGUUCGGCGGUGGCGUUUUACUCGGGCUGAUGCCGGCCGGUGGCCAGAUCGCUGCGUCCUGACGCAGCAGGUUGACGAACCGGUCACUUGCUCUCCAACAGUUGUUCGAUAAUGAGUUCUGUUCGUAGUAGAUUCAGUGAUGAUUUUCGUUGUGUAUCCAGCAGAGUGAUCAAAUUUAUCGCCAUUGGGCUUCUCGCACCCAUAAUAA